GGAUGUGGGCUGCUCUGUCCACCAAUCACCGCUCAGCUUACUUAGACGCCCUGCCAAAACAAUCAGGCAGCACCGCAGCUCAGUAGCCACUCUGUACUACACAUUUUCUUUCCACAGCGCAGCGGCUGAUCUAUUUUAACGACUUUUGACAGUGUUUAUAUUCUGGACGCCGCCGGGGUAUGUAACUUUAAACCUCGCUGAGUCGAUGUGGUGGGGCUGGAGAGUUAGCCUGCCCCUGUUAGCUAGCGUUAGCUCGGUACUGGGCCCCGGUGUCAGCGCUAAGCUAGCGGCUGCUAGCUAGCUUGCUAGCUGACGUACGUAGACUCGCGUUUCCCAGCUAAUUAACAUUACCCAAGGUAGAUAAAGUUAACGUUAGAUUGUCAGAGUUGUACAAAAUGCCGGUCAGCCAUUAAAUCGGUUCGUAUCGGGUCUGACAAGGUAUAAAUACAGCUGGGAAAGCUAUCGCCACAGGCGCGUCAGAUGUGUUUAUCUGCAGGAACGUUGUGUGGCUCAUAACCUAGCAAUAGCGAUUAGCUGCAAAGAAAAAUCCACCAAACUGGACAAAACAUUGGAUUUAGUCGGGUUUAAAUCGGGCUCGGCGGGAUCGCUGACCCCCCAGAAAAAGAUGAAGAAGAGGAAGGAGCUCAAUGCUUUGAUUGGGCUUGGGGACAAUAAGAGGAAGAAGACCAAGAAGGGGUCCGGGCACCGACUCCUCCGAACCGAGCCGCCGGACUCGGAGUCCGAGUCCAGCUCGGACGACGAUGAGUUCAACAACAUGAGCAGCGUAGCUCCAUUUGGAAAGAGAAGUUACACGCAGUGCUGCAAUGUCUGCUACCCCCUGUUCUUGUUUAUCAUUCUGGCUGCCUGUGUUAUGGCCUGUGCUGGACUCAUAUGGAUGCAGAUAGCACUCAAAGAAGAUCUAGAUUCACUAAAAGAGAAGCUGCACACAAUGGAAUCCAGCCAGAAAGCCUCAUCACAUGAAAUACCAAAACUAAGCGAGGAUCUGAAAACCAAGCAGAGGGAGCUUGAUGACAUUGAAAGUGGGGACAAGGGCUUGAGCAAACUCUGGUCUAACCUGACUGAAAUGAACAGAAAGAUCAGUUUACUGGACUCUGCAGUUAACCACCUAAAGGCCAACUUGAAAUCAGCCGCGGAUUUAAUCAGCCUUCCCACCACAGUUGAAGAGCUCCAAAAGAGUGUGGCCACAAUUGGCAGCACACUAACGAGCGUGCAACACGACGUGAAGACCAUGCAGGCUGCUCUUGAAUGUCAGAAGAAAGAUACCGAGGCUUUGAAAAAGACAAUGGACCUAACAGACUUGAGAAAAGCUGUAAACGAGGCUAACAAGACCCAGGAGCUGCACCAUUCGUGGACUGAUGAGCAGAUCCACAUUCUCCUCUCUACGGUCUCCAAUCUCUCCGAGAGAAUGUCCUCAUUAGAGCAGCGGUCUGUCCAAGAAAAAAAGCAGAGGGGUGCAACCAGCCAGCAGCUCGGUGACGGAAAUCCAGAGAGCGAGGCGGCCGACGAAGCUUCUACAGUCAGAGCAACACCUGAGGCUGCACACGAGACAUCGACUCCAGGGACAGACCCGCAGACGGCGAGGCGUUCGCAGUUCUUGUCUGCAAACCGCUCCAAGAGGAAUGCUGCGAAAGGAUGCCCAAAGACAGUGUCGCUUCCUGGUGUCAGCUCUCUGCAAGAUCUGGAGGACGUCUUCCAGCAGGCAGGCAUCGGCCAUCAUUCACUUGGGGUGACUUACCAAGACUUGAGGGCCCUGUUUGGAGCUGCAGUUCCCCACGCCCGGGUCAUGGAGUGCUACGACAGAGACUGGGACCAGAGGUACUCGCUGACAGAGCUGCAAGCCGCUGUGGGUUUGUGAGCGCAGCGCCGCUGACAGCACUGAACAGUAUUGAAGGCCAGCAGGGUCUGGUGUUCGGAGUGCCCUACCCCCUCUCAGUGAUCACUGCACUUUUGUGAACUGAAUAUUUAUCAUGCUGAUUGUGGAACCGUGGCACUGGCAUGCCUCAUCCUCACCUCCUGCCCCAUUUCAACUGAACCAUAGACACACAACGCAAAAAAAUUUUUUAGAAAGGAUUCAUUAAAAAAUCACCACUUAGAAACCAAAUUGCCAGUUUUCUCAUUUUAGCAAAUCCCUAGUUUAUGAAAUAAAACUGUGUGAAUAAUUUUGAAUAUUAACUGUAAUACCCACGCUCGCUGUUUCCCUCACAUCUUUUCUGUUUUAACCAAUCCCUGUCUCGCUCCGAUGUAACAUUUUAAUGUGUAUUUAGGUUGAGUUAAAGCUGCAAGGCUGUCAGCCGAUUUAUGGCAAAUUCCUCCGCACAUCUCCAUCACCGCUACAUCACACUGUCAUGGUCCAGCUCACCUGAACCUUACUUACAAAAACCAAGUUUAAAAUUUUACAAAUACUGUUUACAGAUGAUUACUAGAGAUAGAUUUUCCGUGUGGUUUUGUGUUUUAGACACUUUCCUAACUCAACUGAAAUACGUUACGAAGCCUAGGUGUAAGAACUUCUUUUGUAUGCUAUUUUCUAAGCUUGUUCAAAAAAAACAAAAACAAAAAGCUAAUGUUUCUCACACUUGAUUCUGUUUUUGUGUGUGCAUUUCAUGCCUCAUCUACUUCUUCCUCAAUUAGUUGCUCUAUUUUAAUUUGGAUUAUGCAUAGUAAGUCCAUCUUUACAUUCAUCUUGUUUUUUUUUUCUUUCUUUCUUUCACAGUUUUCAAGUCUGUAAGAUUUGAAGGGCUAUGAACACUUUUUAAAUCAUUCACUUAAGAAUUUUGAAGUGGUAACUUUCGAUGCAUAUGUAGCAAUAACAGAAACAUCACACACACAGGUAUAAUGUGCUUGUUUAAGUUUGCAUUAGUCGAUUUAAAUACCAAGUAGGAGGAAGAAGGUACACCUAGCUCACAGUGUAACAGGUAGUAUGAGAAGCACUGACCAUCUCUCUUUACUUGAUUCAUUGUAGUCCAUUUUUUGUGGGCUUGAGAAUGAUGUAUUUACUAAACACGUUUUGUUAUACUCAACAUUGCUGUAUUCUGUAAAAAGAAAAUAGUAUAAUUUUAAUGUGGAAUCACCAAAUAAAUGAUCUUUGAAGGGGAGGGUUGUUAAA